CGCCGAGGCCCGCGGACAGGAUGUACACCCUGCUCUCCGGCCUGUACAAGUACGUCUUCCAGAAGGACGAGUACUGCAUCCUGAUCCUGGGCCUGGACAACGCCGGGAAGACGACCUUCUUGGAGCAGUCAAAAACCCGUUUUCACAAGCACUACAAGGGGAUGAGUCUGUCCAAGAUCACCACGACCGUGGGCCUCAACAUCGGCACCGUGGACGUGGGGAAGGCCCGCCUCAUGUUCUGGGACUUAGGGGGACAGGAGGAGCUGCAGUCUCUGUGGGACAAGUACUACGCUGAAUGCCACGGAGUCAUCUAUGUCAUCGACUCCACCGAUGAGGGGCGGCUCUCUGAGUCCAAGCGUGCUUUUGAGAAGAUGGUUACAAAUGAGGCACUGGAGGGUGUCCCCAUCCUCGUGCUGGCCAACAAGCAGGAUGUGGAGACCUGCCUCUCCAUCCCUGACAUCAAGACUGCCUUCAGUGACUGCAUCUCCAAGAUAGGGCGGCGUGACUGUCUGACCCAGGCCUGCUCUGCACUCACUGGGAAAGGUGUCAACGAGGGCAUCGAAUGGAUGGUCAAGUGUGUUGUGCGCAAUAUCCACCGGCCACCUCGGCAGAGGGACAUCACGUAG